AGACAGAUUUGAAGAGAGAGAGAGAGAGAGAGAGAGAGAAAGAGAUAACUCUAAACACAUAGAACAGGUAUGGGGCCAAUACGUCCUGCAUAAAUUGGAGCUUUUCGUGGACGACACGAUCCGGCACUACCGCACCUAUCAACACUUCUUCAUCGCUCCUCCCUCUGUGUGCGUGUUUUUAUAGUCUAAUGGAGAUGGGGGACCAGUACGGCCUUCCGGAUCUACGGCAACUGAUGGGUGGAAGAAGCCAUUUUCCGAUGAUUCCUCAACCUGCAGAGCAGUUCCCCGGUCACCGGAAUCUCACGACAAGCCAGCAUUACGAGAUGAUUAUGGGAGGUCACCAACAUCAAGUAGGUGAAAUGUUGCCUCGUGGGGUGGUCGACUUUCGUUCAGAUACCAAUCCCGCUUCUUCUCCUGCUGUUGUUGCUACCGCUUUUUGUGGUGGCUUAGAGAUGGAAGCCUGUACCGGAGGUGACGGUGGGAAUGGUAGAUGGCCCAGACAAGAGACGCUAACCCUUCUAGAGAUCAGAUCUCGUCUCGAUCCCAAGUUCAAGGAAGCAAAUCAGAAAGGGCCCUUGUGGGACGAAGUCUCUCGGAUAAUGGCAGAGGAACACGGGUACCAAAGGAGUGGAAAGAAGUGUAGAGAAAAAUUCGAAAACCUGUACAAGUACUAUAAGAAGACCAAGGAAGGCAAGGCUGGGAGACAAGAUGGGAAGCACUACAGGUUCUUUCGGCAGCUUGAAGCUCUAUACGGGGAAACUAGCAAUCCAAAUCCAGUCUCAGUUACAGAAACUCGCCUUACUGGAACCAGUCCUCCAUAYGGAACCACAGUCUACAACACCCAACAAGCCUUGCAAGCUCAGAAACUCAGUGAGAGUCUUAGCCUCUCUAAUUCCUCCGAAUUGGAAACUUCGUCCUCUGAAGACAACGGCAAUGAUCUCAACGCUGUCGCGUUCACAGGAAGUGACUGGACGGAAAAGAAAAGGUUGAUGAUGAUGAUGAUGAAAGACAGUCAAGGUGUUAAGAGGGGUCGAAGGAGCUGGAAGGCGAAAAUUAAAGAUUUUGUGGACUCGCAGAUGAGGAAGUUGAUGGAGACACAAGAGGCCUGGUUGGAGAAGAUGUUGAAGACCCUAGAACACAAGGAACAGGAAAGGAUGUGUAGAGAGGAAGAAUGGAGGAAGCAAGAGGCUGACCGCUUGGAUAGAGAACAGAAGUUCUGGGCUAAAGAGCGAGCUUGGGUUGAAGCUCGUGAUGCUGCAUUAAUGGAAACCUUGCGGAAAUUUACAGGAACAGAACUAAAGAGCUCUUCUUCGGAAGAGCUAAUGGCCACGGACCUUCACGAUAAUAGUGAAAACGGCCAGAAUGAGAAUGGAAGCGAAACCCUUGAUAGCAGCAUGAACAGUAAUAGAUGGCCGGAACAGGAGGUCUCAAGUCUGGUACAGCUGAGAACCAGCAUGGUCUCAAGAUUUAUUCAACAUGGAGAGUUAGCCAAGGAAGGCUUGUGGGAGGAGAUUUCAGCGAAGAUGGCCUGUUUGGGAUUCAAUAGAAGUGCGAAGCAAUGCAAAGAAAAAUGGGAGACAAUCGACAAGUAUUUCAGAGAAAGAAAGGAGUGCAACAAGAAACGCAAAGAGAACUUAAGAACCUGCGAUUACUCCCACCAUUUUGCUGGUUCCUUGUAUAACCCAGUAAGGGCUUAUUCGUUUUGCCAUGACACCGACGGGUUUCACCCAAAUGACGCUCCUCCUUCUAAUUCUAAUGCAGGCACCACCACCACCACCGUCCAUGAUAGCUGCUUCCGAUAUCUGAUGGCUGAAGGGGAGAACUUGUGGGAGAACUAUGGGGUAAGGUUCAACAAAGGAGAGAACCAGUAAGUUUUCUAGAAUUAGGAAACUUUGUUCACUUGUUCCACUCAGAGAUCAAAAUUUGGAACUUGGGAGAGAUAUGUUAAAAACAAAGAAGGGAGAGACAGACGAGGUUGACUUACUGAGAGGCAUCGGAUUUGACAAAUGCGCAUAUCGGGAGAUGGGUCUGUGUGUUUAUCAGAGAACGAGUUAGCUAAAUGAGAAUUAUUGCUAGUUGGUUAUUGUUAA